CUGGCGCAUGCGCCGUGCAGGGAAGGCGCCGCCUGGAACCAGCGGCCCGGGCCGACUUAGGGAAGGUAGCGUGCAAAGUGGUAAGGCACUGGCAGCGGGGACUGCUUCCGGAUACCAGGUCCCAUCAUUCCUGGUGGCCUCCACCACGUGCCUCCUGCUGUUCCAGUGCUGCCUGUCUCAGAAUAGCAUCAAGGCCCCCUUGCCUCCCACCUCUCCUUCCUAGUGAUCCAAGCCAGAGAUCUAGAGGCUUUAGAAUUGCAACCUUGCCAAUGGACCUGAUUGGUUUUGGUUAUGCGGCCCUUGUGACAUUUGGAAGCAUUUUGGGAUAUAAGCGGAGAGGUGGUAUUCCAUCUUUGAUCGGUGGUCUUUUUGUCGGAUUUUUGGCUGGCUAUGGAGCUUACCGAGUCUCAAAUGACAAGCGAGAUGUAAAACUGUCACUGUUUACAGCUUUCUUCCUGGCCACCAUAAUGGGCGUGAGGUAUAAGAGAUCCAAGAAAAUCAUGCCAGCUGGUCUGGUUGCGGGUUUAAGCCUCAUGAUGAUUCUGAGACUUGUCAUUCUGCUGCUCUGAAAAUUUGGAGGAACUGAAAACUAAGUUCAUAGGAUUCUACUGUAACAGGCCAAGCACACACUUUGUAUUUAAAAGUUAAAUUCAGGAGCGCCUGGGUGGCUUAGUCGGUUCAGCGCCUGACUUCAACUCAGGUCAUGA